AACAAUUUACCUCUUUUUGGCUUGGGCUCAACCACCCCGGAAAACCCCAAUACCGCUUUCAUUGACCCCUUUUCCCAUCUUCUCCACUUCCACCCUUUUCUUUCUCCCCAGAUCUCUCUAUCUCUCUCUCUCACACACAGACGCUUUUUCUUUCAUAUUUAGGGUUUUGAUUUGUUCUUUUUCCAGUCGAAACAGAUAUGAAAUUCCGCACCUUUUUCACUCAAUUUCUCGUUUGGCCAUUCUGUAGGCCUGAUCUGUGAAGUUUUGAUUUUUCGUCUUUUAUUGAUUUCGUAAUUCGUUGAUUCCUGAGGGUUAUUUUUGGAAAUUGAUGGUGGGUUCCGAGAGCUUAACGCCGUCGCGACCAGAGGCGGCGCCAUCGCCGCUGAAGAAGUAUGGUGUCACGAAGCCUUUGUCUAGUGCGGGGCCCACCGAUGCAGAUCUUCAAAGAAAUGCAUCAUUAGAAAAGUUUUUGAAGGACUCAGGGUUGUAUGAGAGCGAGGAAGAAACAGAAAGGAGAGAAGAGGUGCUGCGUCAGCUUGAUCAGAUUGUAAAAUCAUGGGUGAAACAAUUGACUCACCAGAGAGGCUACACUGAUCAAAUGGUGGAGGAUGCGAAUGCUAUCAUAUUCACUUUUGGUUCUUAUCGGCUAGGAGUUCAUGGGCCUGGAGCUGACAUAGACACAUUGUGUGUUGGUCCCUCUUAUGUCAACCGUGAUGAAGAUUUCUUUAUCAUUCUGCAUGAUAUUUUGGCUGAAAAGGAAGAAGUUAGUGAACUUCAACCAGUUCCUGAUGCUCAUGUCCCAGUUAUGAAAUUCAAAUUUCAAGGAAUAUCUAUUGAUCUCCUUUAUGCAAGUAUAUCUCUCUUAGUUGUCCCUGAAGAUUUAGAUAUCUCAGAUCAAUCUGUACUCUACAGUGUGGAUGAGCCAACUGUUCGAAGUCUCAAUGGAUGCCGGGUUGCUGAUCAAAUAUUGAAACUAGUACCUAAUGCUGAGCACUUCCGCACGACUCUCAGAUGUCUCAAGUUUUGGGCAAAAAGGCGUGGUGUUUAUUCCAAUGUUACCGGAUUUCUCGGUGGUGUCAAUUGGGCUCUUUUGGUUGCUCGCAUUUGCCAGUUUUAUCCUAAUGCCAUCCCCAGUAUGCUUGUUUCUAGGUUCUUCAGAGUUUAUACACAAUGGCGUUGGCCAAAUCCAGUGAUGCUAUGCCCAAUUGAAGAGGAUGAACUUGGUUUUCUUGUUUGGGAUCCUCGCAAGAAUCCAAAAGACCGAACUCAUCAUAUGCCAAUUAUAACUCCUGCUUACCCUUGCAUGAACUCCAGCUAUAAUGUCUCGCCAAGUACUCUUCGAGUAAUGAUGGACCAAUUUCAGUUUGGUAACAAGAUUUGUGAGGAGAUAGAGUUGAAUAAAGCACAGUGGGCGGCGCUUUUUAAGCAUUAUCUUUUCUUUGAGGUGUACAAAAACUAUCUGCAGGUUGACAUUGUAGCGGCAGAUAAUGAUGAUUUGCUAGCUUGGAGAGGCUGGGUGGAAUCCCGGCUUAGACAACUAACACUAAAGAUCGAGCGUGACACAAAUGGGAUGUUGCAGUGCCAUCCGUAUCCAAAUGAAUUUGUAGACUUGUCUAAGCCAUGUCCACAUUGUGCUUUUUUUAUGGGCUUGCAGAGGAAACAGGGUGUAAAAGUGCAAGAAGGACAGCAGUUUGAUAUUCGUGGCACAGUUGAUGAGUUUAAGCAAGAUGUAAGCAUGUACACUUAUUGGAGACCAGGCAUGGAUAUCUAUGUAUCUCAUGUUCGGAGGAAGCAAAUUCCUCCAUUUGUCUUUCCAGAUGGGUAUAAGAGGCCACGUCAAUCUAGGAAUGCAAGUCAUAGUACUCCUGAGAAAGUUGCUAGAGGCUGCAUGUCUCCUGAAGAAAGGCAUCCGAAGAGGAAGCAGGAAGCUGAAACAGUUGGUGUAAAUUGGGGGAAACUAGGGAAACGUGCUUCUAUCAGUCCGCAAAGGAUAGGGUCGGUUUCUCCUCUAGGUGGUUCUAGUAGGUCUGAUGGAUCAUCACAGAUAAUCAUUUCUGACGAGUCACAGAAGGAGCUCGAGAGUUCUUGCCUACUGGACACUUCUGAUGAUAAUUCAUUACAUAGGUGCAGCAGAAACGAUGCCUCUCUGAGCGACAGUUCUGUUUGUGCACCUGUUAGUUUAAAUUAUACUAUCUCAAGGAAAUCCAUUUUAUCCGGACUUCCCAGAGAAGUUGAUUUAGAUAGUUCUAACACAAAAUCCUUCCCAAGCCAGGAGAUGCUUCGUCCGUUCCAAGACAUUUGCACUAGAAAUGUCCAAACUUUUCAGGUGUUGCAGAAUGAUGAGAAGGGGGAGACUUUGGGAUCAUUUCAUCAAGAUAAUACUGGGCAGCUCAAUGAACUGACUGGUUGCGCAGAAAGAGGUGAAAGAGUGGCUGUAUCAAAUUCCAACAUUCAGAACCUCACUUGCGAGGGUGAUACAAGCUUGGCUGAUCGGAUUUCACAACUAGGGGAUGGAUGUUUAAGUGGGAAUGGAGUCUUGGGUAAUGGCUUGGCCGAGAAGUCACAGCCAAAUCAUUCUCUCGCAAGGGCAAUGGAAUCGCAGGAUGGGGCAAGCUCAGAAGCUGUGCAGGAGCCUGCAAUAAGGCAUGUGUUUCUGUGGCCCUAUGUUUUAUGAUUUGAUAGGCUAUGUUAUCUUUAUGCUUUCUUGCUUUGUUCCUGUCGUGGUUUCUUUCUAGUAGGUUGAGUCUGGAAUCAACAGCUUGAAUUUGGGUAGGCGUUCCAAAGAUUGGCAUGUUUCAGAGCUAAUGCCUUUUUGAAAAUGCUUGCUCGGAAGAUGGUUGGUGAGGUGUUUGGAUUUGUUCAAGCUCACGUUUUAAUGUGAGAAGAGGUUGCUGAUU